AAUCAGAUGAUUUCUCAUUUUCUGAGUAAUUUCAUUAUUCAUGAGAAGAUUGUAUUUAUGUUUAGGAAGCUGCCACUGAGGAAUUGUUCAAACCGAUUUGACAAGCAAGCCAAGGCCAUAAUGAAAAUGCAGCUUGAAGGAGAGAAGAAGACAAUGAAGGAGAAGAUGGGAGCAACAGAGGACCAGGCUUUGCUUGAGAUAGCUGAAGCUGAGAGAAAACCAAAAACGUGUCAACCAGGUACCCACCAAAAUAACCAAGAUGCUGUGUCUCAAACAAUCAACAUGCUCAAACAAGACUGUGUGAAAUGUCGUCAAUAGAAUUAAAGUUGGUUCAUCAUUACAUUUUUGUAGUGCUCUUUUUGUACAUGUUACUUGAGAGAUUAGUUGAAUAAUGAGGCUCUUGAUUGGAAAAAGUUAGGAGAGCUGAGGCUAAACCUUUCGAAAGUUAGUUUCUCGUGUAUAGAACGGAGAAUUGUUACUGCUGCAUGAUUGGUUUCGUCUGAGUAGAUUAUCUUAGCAUGUGUGGCCCAAAGUUAGCCAUGUAAUAUCACAAUCUCAUUUUGCAGCAGUACAAUUGAUGCACUUUUGAUAUGAUCUUUGAAGCCUUUUUGCUAGUGCAUUUGGAUUUGUGAUCUGUUGUUCUCUUUUUUUUGCCAGUGUUCAAAAAUUGCUUUUUAGACAAAAACUGGAAGUAAUAGAAUGCAAUAUGGUAA